ACAGCCUGAGUGCUCAACGCAACAGGAACGAGCUCACUCUCAUGCUUCUGCAUCUCUGACUUUGACAAGUGGAGCGGCAGUCGUUCACUAGAAGCUAGGGAAACUUCUGAUUAAUUUCUUGUAGCUUUACCGGACUGCUCAAAUUCGCUUCUUCACAUUUCCCUGCCUAAGAUUUAACACAGUUUUACAAGAUGACCUGGACAGCGAACUUUGUCACUUUGGCCAUUCUGUUCCUGUGGCGAGUGGAAGAAAUCGCAGAAGCCUGCAGCUGCGCCCCGGUGCAUCCUCAGCAGGCGUUUUGCAACUCAGAUGUCGUUAUCAGGGCGAAGGUUGCUGCACAGGAAGAAGUCGGCAUUGGAGAUGACAUCUAUGGAAACUCUAUCACACGGAUCAAGUAUGACAUCAAACAGAUCAAGAUGUUCAAAGGUCCCAACCAGGCUAUCGAAACCAUCUACACCGCCCCCACCGCUUCGCUGUGUGGAGUGACUCUGGAGGGAAACAACAAAGAAUAUUUGAUCACAGGCAGACUGCAGAGCGACGGGACAAUGUAUGUCACACUGUGUAACUUCAUCAUGCCUUGGGAGGAUCUGAGUAUGACCCAGAAGAAGAGCCUGACUCAGCGCUAUGAAAUGGGCUGUGAUUGCAAGAUCACUCGCUGCACCUCCAUCCCCUGCACGCUCAGCAGCCCGUCCGAGUGCCUGUGGUUGGACUGGGUGCUUGGCAGGACAGUCAAUGGAGACCAGGCCAAAUACUUUGCUUGUAUUAAGAGGAGCGAUGACUCUUGUGCUUGGUACAGAGGGUCAGCGCCGCCCAAAAGGGAGUUCCUGGACAUCGAAGACCCUUAGCUCCACUGUUGACUUGUAGUCUGUUAAGACAGACUACGAUAUAAAUACCAAAAACAUCAAUAAAUACACAAAGCAAAUGUUUUCUCCUGGUUAAAAAGCCAUGGGGUGUGUGCUCUGUGGUGAAGUCCAAAGGGUGAAAUUGUUUAAUUUGCAGGACUUAGAAUGUUUUUUGACAGUCUUAUGAAUUCAGCACUUUCAGACACUUCUACUCAUAAAGCCAAAGCACUUCAUCAUAAACCACCCCUCCUUCUGCUGAAAUAAAGUCAUAAUCAUUUUUAACUUUUACUGUUUUUUGGCAUUUUUGUUUUUGUGCUACCAUGACUUAUUUUAAUCAAAGGCAGUGAUUAUAUUGACAUAGUGCUACACAAACAUACCCAUCAGUUAAAGAGUAACCUUUCAGUGAGUCUGUUAUCAGAAAUGACUUGUGGUGGAAUAAUGUGCCCUGAUUUGAGACAGCAGAGCUAUCCCAAAGAGCGUGGGCUGACCGUCGCAAGUUCCGAUAAUUAUUAUUCCCAUUUUUUAAAACAGUGUGGCUAACUGGCUUUGAUUAAAUGUCUUGUUUUAGAUAGUCCUGACUAGAAAAGAAAGCACUUUUAACACAAUUGCCAUAUUUUCUAUACUGGAAGCUGUCUGAAAAAGAGGAUUGAAUCCUUCUUUUCGGUAAUUACAUUUCUUCUCUUUGUUCUGCUUUGGUGUAAGAGCAUAUUUAAUUUAAGGAGGUUAUAUGACUGAUCAUAUUUAAUUGAAGAAAAGCCACAUUUUAAUGUUUAUUUUGACAAAUGACAGCAUCAGUAUUUUGUAAAAAGAACACACAUUUUUACAGUAUUAAUAAAACAUAGUUUUUAUGUGCAUUAAAGGUCAAAUUGUUGAUCUAAUUGUAACGAAUCAUGGAUUUUACUGCACCGCCUCUGAUGUGACCAUAAAAGUAUUGAACAGAUGUUUUGUAACUUUGAUAAUUGAUAUGAGUCUGUAAAAUUAUUCUUCAUUUGAAACUGUAGUCAAGUAUGCUGUCUUGUGCUGGUUUCACAUGAGACUUUUGAGGUGAUUUUUGCAUGCAUGUCCUUUUGAAACAAUACUGUACAUGUUUUUUUUUUUUUUUUUUUUUUUACUAUAAUAUUAAAUGCCAAACCCUGUUUUAAUCCUUUGCAAUGUCUUUUAAUCAAUUU